ACCAACACAACACAAAAAGCAAAUAUGAAAGGAGCAACUGUAGCAAUGUUGGCAAUGAUAGCCAUGGCUCUACUCAUGGUGCACCAAACAGAAGCCAUUAGUUGCGGUGACCUUGCUAACAUGAUCAGCCCAUGUUUAGGGUACCUGCAAUCAGGAGGUUCACCGACGAAGCAAUGUUGUGAUGGCGCCAGGAAGGUUCAGGGUGCCACUCACAGCCAAGCUGACAGGCGAACAGCUUGCAAUUGUGCCAAAAGCGCCGCCGGACAGUUCAAAGUUAGACAGGAUACCGCCUCUAAUCUGCCGGGCAAGUGUGGUAUCUCCACCUCCAUUCCCAUCAACCCAAACGUCGACUGUAACAGCAUUCCUUGAGGUGGUGGUUACAUGAAUAAUAAAUAAUGGAGGAGCUACGACGUGGUGUGCAUGGUGUAUCGCCGCCGGAAUAAAUAAACGUGUAGUUGUUUCUUUGUUUUGUUUUAUAUGUUGUCUUGAGUCUGGUAUUGUAUGUAAGUUGUGCCUACAGUGGUUAGGCUAG